AUGCAAAGAUUAGCUGAUUAUUUCGCUGUUGUUGGUUAUGAUCAUGAUGAAGAACGUGGUGGACGUAGUUUUGGAAAGAUAAUUCAACGUUUUCCAGAAAAAGACUGGCCAAACUGCCCAUUUAACUGCAAUGUAGUUCAUUUUUGUCAACCACAAGGAUGGAUGUUAACACCAAAAUGGGAAUUUCCAACAUUUUUCAUAUCAAUAUUAACUGAUCUUGACGGACAAAGACAUUAUUGUGCGUGUUUGACAUUUCAUGAAACAUUACUACAGACAACAAUACCAACAUCAUCAUCAUUGUCAACUAAGCCAAGACUUUUAUCCGAUUUUACUCUUAGUAGUGCAGCCGACGAGGCAGAUGAUACGGCAUUUCUUAUACCUCGUACACAAAUGUUUGCUCCAAAAUGUCUUGUACUUACAUCUAGAUUCGAUUGUUUUGAGAUAUUUCGGAAUUGUCUUGGUCUUCUCUACACUGUGUAUGUUGAAUCAUUGUCAGAUAUUAGAAUAGAAAAUCUUGUUGGAAAUAUUAUUGGAUCUGUUAAUGUUCCUCCUGCUGGUGGACAAGCAUUACGUUUUUCAAUUGGUGCUGAUGAUCGCCAGAUACUACAACCGCCGCUAAGUUCAACGGUGCCAUGCACUGGAUUAUCGGUAUAUAAUCUGUUUAAAGAACUAGGAAUUGAUCAUGUUGUGACGAUAUUCUGUGCAGUUUUGUCAGAUAUUAAAAUACUCUUUUUUUCUAAAAGCUAUUCAAAAUUAACUGAUUCUUGCAAAGCAAUUGAAACAUUAUUAUAUCCACUAAAAUAUUGUUACACAUUUAUUCCUGUAUUACCGUUUGAUUUACUUGAAAUACUUGAUGCUCCUACAUCAUACAUUGUUGGCGUGCAUUCAGAUCAAAAACUUCAAGCACUCUCAAACUUUGAUGGAAUGUGGAUUGACUUAGACGGAUCUAGUGUUCAUUUUACUGACGGUGUUAAAUUAGCUCCCAUGCCAGAGAAAGUAUACUGUCGUGUAUUAGCCUCCUUGUUUCAAGUUCUUAAGCCCGAUAUUCAUAUGGCUGAUUUAGCAUUUCCCAUUCGAACAAACAUUAAACAAGAUGGACAAAUAGCCGAUUAUCCAAAAUAUAAAGAUGAAAUUAACAAAGCUAGUUUUCUUGGUCAUCAUCGUCUAGUCAAUGAUGAAUUUAUGCAACGCGUUCUUGAUUCAAUGGCGUUUCAUAAGUUUAUCGAAGAACGAGGUCCGCCAUAUCGAAGUUGUGAUAUAUUUGAUGAGGUCUAUGGAUCAAUCCAUGAACAACUGAAGCACGAAACAGAUUCAAUGGCUAAUGCUCAAGAACACAUAAGAGAAUUAGCUAAUCAAUUACUCUUGAAUGAAAAUCCAUCAUUACAGCAAACAUACACUCAAAAAGUGCUACAACCAUCAACUGCAAGUUAUAAUCGUACAAAUUUAUCAGAAUUUCCACAUUUAGAAAAAGAUAUUGUUCACAAUGUUAUUAAAGAAGGACUUAAAAGGCAACAAAAUAGCAGACCGUUUUCAGCAAGAAUAAGUGAGCCAUGUCUCGUAAAAAUAGGUACACCAAUUAAUGUAUUAAAUGGUCGAACAGAUUUAUCACAAUCAGCGAGAAGAUUAGAAGUGCUGAAACAAUGUAUUGGAUAUAUAUUUAAUGAUAAAAUUGCUGAUGCCAAAAAAACAAGUGGUGCUGUUUUUUAUUCUCUAAAAAGUCAUGAAGAUGCUCGUGUUGCAUUAUGUAUGGAAUUAUCUUUGUAUAAAAAUCAAAAUAAACCACGUUUAAAUAAUCAACAAUUUGAAAUGAUCGUCAAUUUACUUAAUUGUGCACUUGAAGCUGGUUCUUCUAUUGAUGAACAUGGUAUUGCUUAUAAGAUGCUUAUUUUAGCAACAACAUUUCAUCGAAAAUUAAGUGAAGAAGCAACACAAUUUGUAUAUACUGAUAUUCAACGUCAUCCCGUAUGGAAUAAUAUGCAAUUUUGGGAAAUGUCAUUUUAUUCCGAUGUUCAAUUACAAAUUCGAAAUUUAUAUUUAUCAAGUGAUGAAUACAUGUCACACAGUUUGAAUAAUAGUAACAACAACGAUUCGUCUUUCUCUUUAUCAACUGAUACGGGUACUCAUCAUAUUCCGACAAUGGUGAAUGAAUCAUUUGAUUAUUCAUCACAUAAUGGUACAAUAUUGACAACUGUAAAAAAUGAUGAAAAUGACAUAAAAUUUGUUUAUAAGAAAACAGCAUUGGGAAUAGCUGCUGAACAAAUGCGACUUUAUACACAGAAAACUGUUGAUGAACAACGAACAAUCCAAGAAUUAGAAGAACAAACAUUAUAUGCAUUAGCUAUUCACUAUAUACAAUUAAUGGUUUAUAUGAAAUUACCACUGGAUAUAUCUAGUUCACAUAUAAGACAUUCAACACUUGGAAAUAAUCAUAAUUCUCAUACAGGAUGUGAUCGUGAUAGUAUAAACAGUGAUUUAUUUCAUAGUAACGAUCGUUACAGUGUUAGAAAUCCAGAUGAAACUUCAACAAUCGGUUCACGAGAUAGUGGUAAUGAAUUUGAUAUGAAUGAUGAUGAAACUACCGAUUUAGUAUUAAAUUUUGUGAAAAAAUUUAUUGAUAAAAUAUGUGAUGAGGGUGGAGUAACACAAGCACAUCAAAACAGUCUCCAUACAAAACUCUUUCAAACUGUUCAAGUUCAAAUCGAAGUAUUAGAAAAAGUGUACAAAGAAACUCGACGAGUAGCACCAAUUCCAAAACCAAUAUUACCACGUUUCAUAAUGAUUCCAGAAAAUACAGAACAUGAAGAAUAUUAUGCUUUACGAUCAUAUCUUUUACCAGAUGGACGAGAUGAAUUUUUUAGUCAAAAUUCAGUGACAUCAUUAUUGCCCGCUGAAGGAGCUUUAAUUAUGACAAAUUAUAGAUUAAUAUUCAGAGGACGACCAGUUAAUCCUGCGAUUUCGAACGAAUACCUUAUCGUACGAUCAUUUCCAAUUUCAGCAUUGAUACGCGAGAAAAAAUUAUCUGGACAAUUUCGUGUUGAUAAUUCAAAUAUUUGCUUGCAUAAUGGUAUGCAAUUGCGUUCAGCCACAUUUCAGUUAAUUAAAGUUUAUUUUGAUGAUGAAGUUUCGUUGGAAGAUAUAGACAAAUUUCGCAAUAAAUUAGUUGAAAAGAGAUAUCCACAAUCAAUAUUUCAAUCAUUUUCGUUCUCCAUCUACAGUGAAUUUAGUCCAGUUAUGAAUAAGCAAAAAGACGGAACAUUAAAGAAAUAUAGUCGUUACGCUCGAAAUGUCUUACGUAAAAAAGGUUUAAUUCCUGCAAAAGAUUUAAGUGUUCAUCUUAGCCGUAAUAAUUUUAUUGGUAAUAGUGCGAGUAUGGGCCACCAUAUUGGAAAUAAUAAAACAAUAUUGACAAGUACAAACAGUACAAAAUAUAGUCAAGUUGUCAUGAUACGUACACCCGAGCCACCUAGACGUAUUCUUACGUUAUCUAAUACUCGUUCAUCAAAAUUUUUGACAUCAGCAACGUUAAUGCAAACGUCAUCAAAUAUAGCCACAACAACGAUCCAUGAAUGUGAUGAAAUGAUUAAAAACAAUAGUGAUGAUGAAGACGAAGAUAGUCUAUCGGCGAUUGACGAAGCUGACUCAACAAACUUCAGUGAUACAAAGAGUCUUGAACGUUAUACUGAUAGCGCUGUUUACAAAGAUUUUGUACGUCAAGGUUUGAUAGCAAACGUGACUACAUUCGGAUUACGAUCAACGAUGAGAGUACCUGCUGUUUCAUCAUUUGCAUCAAUUGUUUCCUUACCGGUACUAACAGCAACAAGUCUAUCGUCGAAUGAAAAUAAUAGCAACGGACAGCAACAAUCAACAUUACCGCUAUUGAAUACUAAUACAACCUCAUCUGUGCAAACAAAUGGUAACAGUAAUAAUAUUCUAACCAAUACAACAUCGUUAGCAAAUGAUGAUUGUUUUCGAGUGUCACAUAUCAAUAGAAAUUUUACGUUUUGCCAAAGUUAUCCACCGGUGCUUGUUUUGCCAAAAGAUAUUUUAGAUGAAAAUUUAAAAAAGGUUGCACGUUGUCAUAAACUUCAACGUGUACCUGUUAUUGUUUGGCGAAAUCCUCGUACGAAAGCAUUGUUACUUCGUGGUUCAGGAUUUUAUAAUAAAGGUUUUAUCAGUUUACUUGUUAAAGGACCACAAACCACAAACAGUUCAUCAAGCGAUACAAAUGCUAGUAUUGAACAAGAACGAUAUUUUGAUGCAAUUGUUAAACUAACACCGAACAAAAUGCCAUUUUCCGAUAUAGACAAUGAUGAACUUGAAAUAACACCCGAUAUAACUCCGUUGUCUGUACGAAAAAAUCAUCACCAUCAUGCAACAACAACACGAUUACAAAAUUUUUUGCCAACACGUGUACGAUACGAUAGACCAAGAACAAUCAAUAUUAGUUCUCACUCAACUACUGAUACAUUAUCAAUAAGUGAAACAACUAGUCAUCAAGGAUCAGUCAAUUCACCAAGUGGUGUAAAUAACAGUACGUUAGAUAUGGAUUUCAAUGAGUCAAUUUUACAAGUUCAUAAACGUUCACCAUUGUACAUUAUUGGUGAUCGUGCACAAUAUAGAACCGGUCGUCUAGAACAAUUUCAUAAUUAUUGUUUUCUCCCAUUGGAAUUUCAUGAUAUUAGUCAGAUAAAAACAAGUUUUAAAAAUUUGUUAAAAGCAUGUGUUCCAAGUAAUAUGAUACAAUCAUCAAAUAAUAAUUCAAACAAUAAUAAUUUGGAUACAUCGACAACAAUAACAACUGUAACAUUUUACAAAUUAAUUGAAGAGUCAAGAUGGUUACAUCAACUUCAAAAAAUUUUAAUGAUCAGUCAGUAUAUAGUUCAAUUUAGCGAAGAUCAUGCAUCAUCCGUGAUGAUCUGUAUUGAAGAUGGAUGGGAUGUAUCGUCACAGUUGGUAUCUAUAAGUGAAAUACUUCUCGAUCCUUACUAUCGUACAUUUGAUGGUUUUCAAACUUUGAUUGAACGUGAAUGGUUUGCAUUUGGACAUCGAUUUUCUCAUCGUUCUAAUCAGAUAGCAGCAAAUAAAACUGGAUUUGCUGCUGUUUUCUUACAAUUUCUCGAUCUUGUUCAUCAGAUUUGGAAUCAAUACCCCACUGAAUUUGAAUUUAAUGAUUAUUAUUUACGUUUUAUUGCCUAUCAUCAUUUGUCAAAUCGUUUUAAAAAUUUUAUGUUCAAUUGUGAUAGUGAGAGAAAAACAAAUCCAAGUUGGUAUGUUGAUAUGAAAGAUUUUUCAAAAGAACAUGAUGAUUUUGGUUUAUAUCGAUGUAACACAAUAAACAUAUGGGACUACAUUACUAAAGUGAAUCGGCAAUCAUCCCGUUUUUAUAAUUUUUUAUAUUCACCAUCUUGUUUUACACCUCAUAGUCUGACUGAUGAUAAUACUGUACUACGACCAUCGUAUAAAAUGUAUUCGUUAGACGUAUGGGAUUUUUAUUUAUCUGAAACAUUAGAAACGGGUUGUACUUAUGAUUUGGAUUUAUCAUUAGCUGAACAUGAUGAACGUUUUAAUGAUACAGAACUAAAACAGCGAACAUUUGUAGCAGCAUUUUAUGAUGAUGUCAAUGUUUGUCUACCUGACUUUUUUACCGAUAUUGUCUUGGAAACGUCAAAUAUACUUCAACAUACCAGUGAUAACUGGAAACAUCAUUGGGAUAAAAUCGAAAAACCAGAAAGAGAACGAGCACAGUGUUUAUCAAUGCAAGAUGAAUCACAAAAGAAGAAAUUUUUACAGAAAAACCAACAACAAAACAAAUCAUUAUCGCCAUCUACGACAUCUCGAACAUCAUUAAUACAUGGAAACCAUAAUUACGAAUUAAUUCAAUUUCAAACACCUCAUAUAUGCGAUGGAUGUCAUAAACUGAUUGAGAAUAACAAUAACAAAAAACUGCACAAUGAGGGUAUUCGUGGUUUGCAAUGUCGUGAAUGUUUAUCAUAUUACCAUGAACACUGUCGCGCAUUAGCAGCAUGUCGUCCUUGCCAACAACGAAAUGAAUCUCAGAUAGUUGCUAAUUCAAGUCGAUUAGAAACGGGCAGUGUUACAGGAGUGUAUGAUCAUAGACCAUCCUCUUCAUUCGGAGUGAGCAAUGGAGCUGGUCCACAGCAUCGAACUUAUGAAGGAUAUUUGAGGAAACGCGGUCAUUUACUUAAACAAUGGAAAGAAAGAUGGUUUGUCCUUGAUUCAGUUCGACAUGAAUUGCGUUAUUACGAUAGCAGCGAUGAUCAAACACCGAAAGGUACGAUACUUUUAGCUGAUGCUGUUGAAGUUGUACCGUAUAAUGGGCCAUUACCAAAUGCAUUACGAAGAUUUGAUAAUCGAGCAGCAUUUGAACUUCAUACAAACCGUCGUGUAUACAAUUUUAUUGCACAAACAACGCAAGAGGCACGAACUUUUCUUCGCUUCGAUAUACUUGAUGCCGAUGCACAACGUUUAGAAUUGUUUUUCAUUGGUGCUAUUGUUGAUGUACUACUUGUGGAUGAAGAUGAUGCAACUAACUAUUCUACACAUUUAGCUACAAAGUGGAGAAAUCAUUUAUUAUCUUCAACAACACAACUAAUGAUGGAUCAACAAUUAAUUUCUAUAGAGCAUUUGCAAGAUAUUAUUGACAGCGAUGCAUAUUCUAAACUUGAUCAUGGUUUUGUUCGGACAGAUAUUAAUCCUAAAGACAGACAAAAUUAUCGUUCUUGUAAGAAACUGGUAUCACAUGAUUUGUUAAAUAUUGUAGAUGGUAAUCCCAAUACAUCAGGAACAUUUGUUUAUCUUCAUUUAUUAAAAUUGUUAAUAAUUGCUUAUAUUGAAAAAUCAACAACAGUUAGUAAUUUUCUUCGACGAGCUGAAAAAUUGUCGAUAUUAAAUCAAAUUAAGUGUAGUAGACAAUCGAACAAUAAUGAUCAUUAUUUUUUAUUUUCGGUACAUAAUAAACAUAAAGAUAAUCAUUUAUUAACAUUGCAAAUUGCUGAUGAUGUUGAACAAUUGGAUAUUGAACAAACUAUAUUAGAUUCAUAUAAUACAUCAAUUAGAUUGAUUGAAGAUUUACAUAUGUCAACAGUUUUAAAAUAA